AUGUAUUAUUUUCUUCUGAUUAUUUUUUUCAUCCACAGCACUUUUAGUUGCAUCGAACUUGAUUCCUAUCAAGAAUUUCAAUGUCGUAAGCAAAUCAGAGAAUCUUUGGAUGAAGCUUUUUCUUCGGAUGAUAUUUCUGAUGGAUCUGUUGAAAAAUUACAAUUAUUAGAUAAAACGUGCGAUGUUUGGAAGGUUGGUAAUUGAAAAAAUUAUUUUAAAAUGAAUGAAAGAAACGUGAGCUACAACGUGGCAAUUUAAAAAUGAACAAAAAAGUCCAAUAUUUUUUCCCAUUAUUCAAAUAUGCAUUUUGCUAAAAAUUUAAAUAUUCAUAAUUUUUUAGAACUGUCGAUCUUCUGUUUGCCCUCAAAUAUUUCAGAAUGAUCUUCUCGAAAAAGCUUGCAAUGUUCUCGAUUUUCUCUUGAAUGAAUUCGGUGAAUGUAUUAACGAACUACAAACUUCCGAAUGUUAUCAGAAUUGGAAUCCGAUUCUAAUAAAUAAAGAAAAUAAAAUUUCGGAAUGUUUGAAGAAAACAAUUAUUGAAGCAUGUGGAAAAACAAGCUGGCUGAGUUUUGAGAAAAAUAUAUUGAACAAUCAAUAA